UGAAUAGAAAUUCGUAUUCAAACUUAACUACCCACCUAUUUAACUACCUAUUCAUAAUAUUUUUGAUCGGAGUUUUCGACUAAUUGGUAUCUAAGUUGGUAGCGUUAGAAGUGCAUUGCGUUUGUCUUGUGAGGACUUAGCAAGGACGCCAGUGGCCACCCUAAGAAGUGCAUGCAUUGAGGUUAAUGAUUUCAAAUUUGAAUCCAGUGAUAAAGAAAUUAAAGGGGCGUAAGAUAAAGAUCGCCUCAAUUCGUGUAAAGAGCGAACAACUUUCCAUGCCCACGUGAAACAUGACACACUCAUCAACUCGCCUCCGGUAGCUUCUGCUUUGCGAUCGGAUGUUGGGGUACAAAAAAACAUUCAUAAUGUUCUUUUAGUCUCGUACCAAUCAGCCGCAAAAUACCUUGAAUGCAAUAGUUAAAAUGGUAUUAAAAUUGUACGCGGUCUCUGAUGGCCCUCCAUCGCUGUCCGUGCGGCAGGCGCUUGCUCGACUGCAGAUCCCUUAUGAGUUGAUUGACGUGAAUUUCAAUGCUGGGGACCACAUGACACCACAAUACGCUUUGAUGAAUCCCCAGAAGGAGAUCCCGGUACUGGAUGACGAGGGAUUCUUCCUCAGUGAAAGCAACGCCAUCCUGCAAUAUGUCUGCGACAAGUUCCAGCCCGGGGGUCCUCUCUACCCGGCGGAUCCUAAAGAUAGGGCAAUCGUCAACCACAGGCUGUGUUUCAAUUUGUCAACAUACUACGCCAAUAUUAGCGCAUACACGAUGGCGCCCAUAUUUUUUGACUACGAGCGCACUCCCUUUGGCCUGAAGAGAGUAAACAUGGCUCUCGAUAUGUUUGAGACCUACAUGGAGAGGCUCGGUACCAGCCAUGCCGCUGGUGAUCACCUCACUAUCGCGGACUUCCAACUCAUCAAUUCUACUAUGACCUUGGAAGCUGUCGACAUCGAUUUCUCAAAAUACAAAAGAAUCACAAAGUGGUACAAUGAUUUCAAAAGUAACUAUCCUGAUUUGUGGAAGAUAUCUGCGGAUGCUAUGAAGGUCAUCCAGCACUUUGCCGCGAACCCUCCGGAUCUCAGCCAUUUGAAUCAUCCUAUCCAUAAAGCGAGGAAAACAAAUAAAUAAUUGC